ACACUAAGUCAAAGAGACAGAGAGAUGGGGAACCGCUCCUCCAUUCCUGAAGGUCCUCCACUGAGGAUUGUGAUGAUUGGGAAAACUGGAGUUGGGAAAAGUGCCACCGGUAACACCAUCGUGGGUAGAAAGGUUUUCUAUUCUGCAGCGAGAGAGCACUCUGUGACAGAGACCUGUGAGACAGAACGGGUCAAGUGUCGCAGAAAGAUCAACGUGGUUGAUACACCUGGGAUUUUAGAUACGACUAGAAGUGCAGAGAGCAUAAAGAAAGAAACUGCAAAAUGCAUCCAGUUGUCCUCUCCUGGCCCUCACGCCUUCCUGCUGGUCAUCCAGAUCGGCAGGUUCACCAAAGAAGAAGAAAACUGCGUCCAAGCCCUGGAGAAAAUCUUUGGACCCGAGGUGUUUAAAUAUGUGAUCGUUCUGUUCACGCGUGGAGAUGAGCUGAAGGGAAGAAGCAUUCGGGAGUAUGUGCAAACAGGCCACCCAAAACUUCAAGAGGUGAUCAACAGGUGCGGUAACCGGUACCACGUCUUCAACAACAAGAAAAGAAGGAACAGAACUCAAGUGGUUGAGCUGAUUGAGAAGAUCGAUGACAUGGUGGCUGCGAAUGGAAGAAAGUACUUCAGUGAAGAAAUGUAUAAAGAGGCAGAGCAGACUCUGCAGCAGAUGAACAGAGACACAGCAGAGCAGCAGGUUUACAACUUCUCCUUCAUGCCUGAACUGCUGCAGAGGAUCAUUCUGUUUCAGGCCAUACUGGCUGCUGCUGCACAGGAAGAUGCCAACAACCCGGACCACUCAAUUACUACCUCCGACUCCAACAUGAAGCCUGAUGUCAGAUGGAAACUUCCUUCAGAUCUGUUCUAGAUUUAUAACAGCUCAGGUCGUUUAAAAUGUAGAAAAUUAACUAUUUGUACAAGCAGCCAUGUUUAAUGCAAUACAUUGUAGAAACUGUAUUUGUGGUAAAAAAAAAAAAAAAAAAUCUGUUAAUUGGCCAUGGUAGUCAUUGAUUAGUCAGGAAGUUUUCUGUGUUUCAUAAAUUUGUAACUGAAUGUCUUCUGGUUUUUUAACUUUAGGUAAAACCACAAGACAGUCCUUUCACAUCCAUUACACACAUAACAUUUUUUCUUAAUUUAAUUUCCCAAAAGGGAGAUAUACUGUAUGUGGAUGAUUGUGAAUAUUUGACCACAUACAAUAUUUUGCACUUGUAUAUAUUCAUAAAAUCUCUAUUCAUUGUUUGUAGGUUUUAAAAGAGAGUAUUCACACAUUCACAUUGUUUUUUAUUCUAAACUGUCCAACAGCUAUUAUGUGUCCAUGGGACUUAUUAUUAAAACCUAUAAAGAUGUUCAAGAGUGCAGAACUGGAAUCAUUAUCAAAAAUAUUUCUGUAUAUAGAAAUAUGGUUGUAGAUGGUGUAAAACAUUAACAAAAAAAAGAGCCACAUUAAAAACCAUGCGAUUUGCUUAAUUUGAAAAGGGCUUUUAUGAAUUCAAUUCUGUAAAGACAAAGCAGCUUUACUUAGGGGUUAACAUUCAUCAUCAGAUGAAAAGACAUCAGAGAAACAUUGUGUAAUAUACACUGAUCAGCCAUAGCAUUAUGACCACCUGGGAACCCUGGUCCAAUCCAUGACCCUGUCUUCGGUUCACCGCUUUUCCUUCCUUGGACCACUUUGAUAGGUACUGACCACUGCAGACUGGGAACACCCCACAAGAGCUGCAGUUUUGGAGGUGCUCUGACCCAGUCAUCUAACCAUCACAAUGUGGCCCUUGUCAAAGUCGCCUCAAAUUAACACAUCAACUUUGAGGACAAAAUGUUCACUUGCUGUCUAAUAUAUCCCACCCACUGACAGGUGCCAUGAUAAACAAAUAAUCAGUGUUGUUCACUUGACCUCAGUGUUCAGAAUGUUAUGGCUGAUCGACAUACAGACACAAGAAACAUUUCACUCAAGUUUUAAAUAUGUCAAAGUAGUACAAGCAAAACAUACCUCUUGAGGAUAAAUAUCAUGACAUUUAAAUUUAUUUACAGUAGUUAAAGACAACAUUUCAAUUAAAUGUAAAACUGAAGUGAAAAACAAAAAUAUAUUUAUCUUUUAAUUUUUUUAUUUAUAUUUUCUUUAUCAAGUAAUAUAAUCCUUUUUUUAUUUCUAGGGUAUAAACUGCGCAAAAAAAUGCAGAUUUCCAUUUCUUUGUGAAACCAGAGAGGCUCUCGUAGUAGAGCUGUUAGCUCAGCUACAACACAGGUACCCACACAGUGACAAUUGACUGUUUGAAGUACAAACUUACUAAAUAAACAAUCACCUGACAACUCUUA